AUGGUUCUCCACGCUAUCAGGACAUCUUCACAGCCUGGGCUUUCGGUCCAGCACUCAGAUACGUCUCUCCUCAUCUACCAUCGUAACACAAUUGUUAUUUACUUUCUCGUUUAUGUAGAUGACAUUAUUAUCACCGGUAACAACCAACAGGAGAUCCAGAAGCUAAUCAACAACCUACGCACAAAAUUUACAAUGAAGGAUCUCGGUCUAAUAUCUCAGUUCCUAGGAAUCCAAGUCGUCCACACUACUUACGGAUUACACCUCAAUCAACAACAAUUUGCAAAUACGAUCCUCUCCCGAGCAGGUAUGUCCAACUGUAAACCAGUAUCUACACCAUUUCAACUCAAAAACUCAAAUCAGAAAUCCGAUUCUAAUGCCUUCUCUAAUCCUUCUCUGUAUCGCCAAAUUGCCGGCUCACUACAAUAUCUCACACUCACGAGAACGGAUCUUGCUUUCGCCGUCAACAAAUUUUGUCAACACAUGCAAAAUCCAACAAAUAUCCACUUUGAAGCAAUCAAACGGUUGCUACGCUACAUCAAGGGGACCAUCCACAUCGGUCUCCCUCUCUUCCGAGACAACCCCAUUCUCCGAUCCUACGUGGACUCUGACUGGGCAGGCGACGAAACCAACAGAAAAUCAACUUCCGGAUUCUGCAACUACUUGGGCUCUUCACUGAUCUCAUGGAGCGUCAAGAAACAAACAGCAGUCGCCCGAUCCUCGACCGAGGCUGAAUACCGGGCCAUCGCCUCGGCAGCAACCGAGAUAGUUUGGAUACGACAGCUACUGCAAGAACUCAAGCACCCGCAGCCAGCAGCAACUCAGCUAUUUUGUGACAAUACCUCCGCCAUCGCACUGGCCAAUAACCCCGUCUUUCACGCACGCACAAAACACAUAGAAGUGUAUUGUCACUACAUCCGGAACUGCAUCAAAGACAACACUAUUCAUGUUCAUCAUAUCUCUACUAAGGAUCAACUCGCCGACGUGCUCACGAAACCACUACCAACACCUCGGUUCAAGACCUUAAUCAACAAGCUAGUUGCUCCAUCUGAAGCAACUGCUUGA